CCAUCCCUUGACGCCGAGCUGCGCUGGGCGAGCCACGGAGCUGCGCCGAAGCCCGUCAGGCGUGAAGUGGUGGGAGACUCGGCCGAGAUGUCGCAUGAGAAGAGCUUCCUGGUGUCUGGAGACCCCUUCCCUGGGCAGCAGCCGCCUGCCCCACCUGGCUAUGCCCAGCCGCCCUACCCAGUGGCUCCCUACCCGCAGCCCCAGCCGGUGGCAUACGGCCAGCCCGGAUACCCGCAGGGCACCUACCCGGUUGCAGCACCCUACCCACAAGCGGCACCCUACCCUCAAGCACCCUACCCCCAGGCGCCCUACCCGCAGGGGCCCUACCCGCAGGGGCCCUACCCACAGGGGCCCUACCCACAGGGGCCCUACGGCCAGCCGCAUCCAGGAAUCGCUGUCGACCCAGACUCUGGAGCGAGACGCCCUGUUUAUGUGGUACGGAAAGGAGGCACCGCAGAGUCUAGGAUUGCGCCCAGGCACGGCAACUACCAUGAGGACGGGCCGCCCUCCUACUACGACAACCCGGAUUUCCCCCCCACCAACUGGGAGGACAAGACCAUCCGCCAGGCCUUCAUUCGCAAGGUGUUCCUGGUGCUGACCAUCCAGCUGUCCGUGACCUUCGCCUUCGUGGCCAUCUUCACCUUCGUGAAGGGCGUAAAGGGCUUCGUGCGGAAGAACGUCUGGACCUACUACGUCUCCUACGUCUUUUUCUUCAUCUCCCUCAUCGUCCUCAGCUGCUGUGGGGAGUUCCGGCGCCAGCACCCCUGGAACCUCGUGGCCCUGUCCAUCCUGACCCUGAGCCUCUCCUACAUGGUGGGCAUGAUUGCCAGCUUCUACGACACAGACGCCGUCAUCAUGGCUGUGGGCAUCACGACUAUCGUCUGCUUCACUGUCGUGAUCUUCUCCUUGCAGACCAAGUAUGACUUCACCUCGUGCCGAGGGGUGCUGAUCGUCUGCCUGGUGGUCCUGUUCAUCUUCGCCAUCCUUUGCAUCUUCAUCCGGAACCGUAUCCUGCAGAUUGUCUAUGCCUCCCUGGGAGCCCUCCUCUUCACCUGCUUCCUGGCCAUGGACACCCAGAUGAUAAUAGGGAACAAGCAGCUGGCCAUCAGCCCGGAGGAAUACAUCUUUGCGGCCCUCAACCUUUACACGGACAUUAUCAACAUUUUCCUCUACAUCCUGGCCAUCAUUGGGCGUGCCAAGGAGUAGGCCGCCCUCUGACCCCUUCAGGGGCUAGUUCCUUCCAAGCCCUGUCUUUUGUUGUGGUUCUCCUCCUUUUCAUUCCCACCCCGUGGGGUCUCCCCCGCCCCGUGGGGUCUCCCCCGCCCCGGUUUUUGUUGUGUUCCUGGCCGUUCCUUGAGUUUGAGUUCUUCGCCUCUCCCCCUCCCUGUCUUGUGCUUUUCUGGGGAAGGAUACCUGAAAAGAAGGGGGGUGCAAGGUAGCCAAUGGGCCACCCCACCCCCGACCGGGGAGGCAGCUCUCAACAUGCUGGAAAAGUAGGGCUCCUCUGCCCUGCGUCUCCCUUGGGCUGUGCAGAGUUUGGAAGAGGAUGUAAAUAUGCUGUGCUUGUCUCUUUUGUAUUUUGGUCUAGAAAUGUUAAUUUAAUUUUGAGGAAUGUCCUUGUCUUGGGCAUGCCACUCAGUCGCUUCUUCCCAUGGGUACAGGGCUGUUCUGGGGCUCUGGCUACAUGCAAACCUUCCCCUGCCUCUUGGCUGGGAGCGAGGUCCCCCACCCCAGAAUGAUGCUGAUACGGGUGCCGCCUCCUGUCCUGCCCAGGCUGCCUCCCACAUUGCUGGGCUCUCCUGUUCCAGCCACUGUGGGGGCCGAGUGCCUGGAUGAUGCCCAUGUCCCGUUUUUACAAAUAUCGUCCAGAAAAGUAGGGGUGGCUUCUCCCUUCUAGCUCGGGGGGCAGAGACUGCUCAGCUGCCUUUUCUCAGGCUCCCCUUGGGGCGUGCGGGGAACAGCCUUCCUGGCUCCUGGCCCUCAAACACUUUGCUUUUCUACAGAGCUGUGAAGUCUCCUGGCCCUUUUUGUCUGGGGACCCUGUACCACAUCCUUCCUUCUCCCCCCUCCCUGCCCCCCGCAAUCUGGCUGGCUUUAGGGAGGCCCUGCACUACUGCAUGCUGAGCAGCCACUACUGUGCCCCCAGGGCCAGCCUCUGCACUAAACUGUAAAAAAAAAUAGGGUGUCCUAAUAAAAGUGAGAAUGUACCAGA